AGAUGAUUCAGGAACAUGUCUGCAAAUCUGAAAAUCUUCUUGGUUCUGUUGUGGGUACUAUUUUUGUAAAUGUUGUCGAUCUGCCUGUGUUUGAUUUCAAACCUCCAUCGUCACACAGAUCACCUCCAGGGUCAACUGUAGUGUUGAACUGCACCGCUAAAGGUGACCCUCAGUCUGUCAUUAGUUGGAGGAAAGAAAACGGCGUUCUUCCUGUUGGUAGAUAUGAAGUGAGAGAUGGCUCUUUGAUUAUAAGGAACGUCAAGAAAACAGAUUCGGGUGUGUUUUCGUGCAUUGCUACGAGUGCUGGUGUUUCUUCACAUGUACGUACGACAUUGACUGUGCAUUUUAAAAAUUGCGGUGAGCUUUAUAAAUCAGGAGAGAGACGUAACGGUGUGUACACAGUUCAACCCAACAAGCAGCCUGCAUUUCAAGUCUACUGUGACAUGACAACUGACGGUGGGGGUUGGACUGUGUUCCAACGAAGACAAGAUGGAUCGGUCGAUUUCUAUCGCGGUUGGAAGCAAUACAAAACAGGUUUUGGAAACCUGAAUGGCGAGUUUUGGUUAGGUAACGAUUACAUCCAUCGACUGUCAGCAAGAAAAGCAUCGAGUCUGCUCGUUGAGGUAGAGGACUGGGACGGAACUAGGAAGUAUGCCAAAUAUGGUAGUAUUAGUGUUGGUGAUGAAUCAGACAAGUACAGGCUGAGGGUUGGCUCGUAUUCAGGUACUGCUGGGGACUCGUUAGACCCUCAAAACAACAUGGCGUUUACUACAAAAGAUAGAGAUAACGACAAGAGUAGUAGUGAGAAAUGUGCUACAUAUUAUACCGGUGCCUGGUGGUAUUAUAGUUGCCAUUUUUCUAAUCUGAAUGGAAAGUACUUCGGAAGCAAGGUGUCGAAUAAAGGAAUUAGUUGGUAUUUUUUUCAUAACAAUUAUCAAAGUUUUAAGAAAUCUGAAAUGAAAAUGAUUACUAGUGGAUUCUAAUUCAUGAGUACCACAGUCGCUAUCAUUUUCUCUGCAAAAUUUUGUAAAUUUUCAACUGAUUCUCAAACUUGGUAAAUUUCCUGAUUUUAAGUCUUCUUUCAAUGGUGGUGAUGAUUUUUCAAUAUCAAUUGCAAUUUCUAUGGCUAAGUUAUCUAAAUUGCAUAUUCUCAAUAACCUUUCCUAUGUUUUAUAAGAUCGUAGCUCUAGUAUAUGUCAAUCACGAAAUGUCGUACUAUUAACCAAUAUUAUUGACACUCUAUUUUUAUGUUUUUCUUCAUCCUUUCCUUGCGAUUAAUUAAAAAAACAAGUGCAUUAUUAUACCAGCUGCGAAGCGUAGAUCGUUUGAUGAAACUGAAUCAACUACUUAUUGGACGUUGAAGCAG